CUUGAUUUUCAAUCAACUUGCAUAUGCCUAACUGUUCAUGUUCAGGGAAGAGACUUGAUGUCAGGAACUAUUCUUCAUGGCUGUAUGCAUCUUGUUGAUCUGGCCGACAGUGGGAGAGUAGACAAAUCUGAGGUCACUGGAGAUAGACUAAAGGAGGAACAUCAUAUUAACAGAUCUCUCUCUGCUCUAGGGGAUGUCAUCUCUUCCCUUGCCCAGAAGAGUCCACAUGUCCCUUAUAGGAAUAGUAAACUAACAGAACUUCUUCAAGACUCACUUGGUAAGAAUAAACUAAUGGGGCAAGCUAAGACACUAAUGUUUGUUCACAUUAGCCCUGAACUGGAUGCGGAUGGAGAAACAAUUAGCACAGUUAAAUUUGCAGAGCAAUUUGCCACGGUAGAACUUAGUGCUACUCGUGUAAACAAGGAUAGUGUAGAUGUGAAAGAGCUGAAAGAACAGAUUGCUACUCUAAAGGCAGCUCUGGCAAGGAAAAAGGAGAACCAAAACAAACAGUUCUGAAAGAUACAUAACAAAAACCAGUGAUUUAUCACCUUUUCAUUGUAACAAGCGGGCUGGAGAUAUGUUAGAUGAUCAAAAUAGUUGCAGGCAACCAAUGUGGGAUGCAAGCAACAUCGAGGUAAAUAUUUUUUUAAUCAUGAUGAGAUAUUCCUCUUUCUUUACCCCAAUCAUUGAUAUUUAGCUUUGAAUAAUAACAUAAGUGUAUUUAAACUUGAAUGAUAGCAAAUUGAUGAUGGUGAGGGAACCUUUAUUUCUUGAUAAUCAUGACACGCCAUGCCUAAGUUUGAAGAUGAUCAUAAACUAUGUAUUAUAUCACAUUCAUUGGAAAUUUUCAUAAAAA